AACCGUUACUGAUAAUGGGUCAAAUUUCGUCAAAGCAUUUAAGGAAUUUGGUGUUAAUACACCUUUAAUGUUCCUCGACGCUAAUGGCAAUAACGACGUUGAAGAUUUAGAAGAGAUGCAAUUGGAAGAGAUGCAAUGGAAAUACAUUGCCGCGACAUAUAAGAUGUGCCACUCACACCCUAAAUUUACUGGCUACUACUUAUGUGUUGAGAAUUUUGAAGACUGAUACCUCAUAUGAUAAACAUAACAAUGUAAGUUAUUAUAAUUUGUUGUCUAGUUUAUACGAACAUAAAAUCGAAUUAUGUAAUUCAAAACGCAUUUCUUACGACACAUGAAGUAAAACGCAAAAAGUUUUCAAGUCGGUUUGAAAAUUCGUUUAUAAAUGUGUUUCGAAAUAAACCGAAAUGAAUUGAAGCGUUUUAUGUAUACGUAUAAACUAGGUAUGUAUUGUUAUUAUGACAAAUAAUUUAACACUUUCCAAGAGAAAUAGGAUUAUUAAAAGUAAAUUAAAAUGUUUUAUAGGUAAUGAAAAAAUGCUCUGAU